GAUGAACUGAACAGCAAAUACUACAAGUCCUUGCAAGGUCACCGUUAUAUGUUCGAGAAUUGUCAGGCUGAAUGUCAGCAAGAAUAUUUGGUGAAAUUCUGCAACUGUACUUUUGGUCUAUUUUAUCCGGAGGGCCGCUAUAGACCCUGCAAAUUAGUCGAUUAUCCUUGUUUGUUCUAUCACAAUGAUAAACUGCAAUAUUUUGAACAAAUCGGCGAAAGUAAAUAUGUUGCCGAAUAUUUUCCCGAUGUCAUGAAAUGUACUUGUUAUUACAAUUGCAAGUCCUUAUUAACCUAUAUAACUAAGGUCACGACUGCCUACAUGAGUAAUAUGGAGAUAGAGUUUAAUAACAGCUAUAUAGAUUUGGCUCUAUUCUAUCAACAGGAAUUUAUUGUUGUAUUUUUAACUACAGUUUUGUACACUUGGACGGAUUUGAUGGCAAGUUUUGGAGGUUUGGCAGGCUUAUGUAUUGGCUGUUCUUUGAUAAGUCUGGUAGAAUUUGCCUAUUUCUUUAUAGUGGAUAUUCCUCGUAAAUCGGUGCUAUAUUAUAAGAUGAAAAAACGUCUAAGGCUACACAGAAAGAGUUACAAUAUUAAAGCUGAAAUUGUGGAAAGUAUUAUGAGAGAUUCAAAUAACUAA